AUGGACUUGGAAGCGUUUUUGGGCACGCAGCCGUGGCUACGCCACGACGCGGUCGCAACCGACGCAUUCGCAGCGCUCGUCGCCAACGGCAAGGACGCGGCCAGCGGCGACGCGCUGCGACCGCUUCUGCCGAACGACCUCGGUCUCUGCGCUGGGCUCCACGUCGGCGAGCACGCGUUCUGCGGCUUUUCUCGACGGUUUGGCGACCAGACGCAGUUUCCCUGCCAUCUCUACUUGCGCACGACGACGAUCAAUGGCAAUAAGAACGUCGCGCUGUACCUGCGCAUGCUCGACACGCUCUACUGGGUCGACCAUAGCCGCAUGCACAAGCUGACCAAGCCCGUCGACGACAUGGAUGUCGUGUCGCCGACCGCCAAGCGCCCGCGCGCGUCGCGGACGCCACCGCCAACGCCACCAUCCGCUACAUCCCCGAUCCCAUUUCUUAUCAUGGCCUUUCCAGCCGUCAACUUGCGCGUGUGGAUCGACCACCCGACCAUGGCGCGCAGCGACCAGGCGCGGUACCUCCACCAAGCCGCGCGGGCGAUGCAGAUGCACUUGCCGCUGCAGUCAUGCUUGCCGCUGUCCGAACGGCCAGCGCCCGUGGGCCUCACGCCGUCGCAGCUACUUGUGGUAUUUGCAGAUGUGACAGAGACGCAGGAGCUCUCGCCUGACGCGUGCGCGUUGCGGCUCGACGAACUGCGGUCGCUCGCCGAGACCUGCGGUGUCCGCUUCGAGCCGGCCGAUGUCGCGAUGGCGCCCGACGUUCUCGGGCGUCUCAUGGCCGCGCUCCUGCACGUGGAAUGGCGCUGGGAGAGCGUAUCGAAGCUCGUACCCCUCGCGCCCCCAUGCGCGAUCCAUGACGAGUGCGUCUUGACACCCCCCCACGGGCUUUGCUCCACGACGCGCUGGCACCACUGGGAAAAUGUGCUCGAUGGCCUCCCACACGAGGCGGCGUCCCAGGAAGAAAACGCGACGGCCGACGUUCUCGACCAGCUGGCGCGCGAUGUGGCGCUGGCGUCGCUCGACGCGCUUGUCAAGGACCAGUGCAGUGCCCACGCAGCGGCGGUCUCCCAAGCAGUGGCGACGUGUCGCAAGGGUGUCGUGGACGAGCUGUGUCCGCGUCAAGUGCGCGCUACAGAGCUCAGCGACGACGAGAUUCGACGCGUUGCUGGCCUCCUCGAGAGUCUUCGCGACCGGAACAAGCGCCAGUUGACGACCGCGCUCAGCGUUCUUUUGCUCUAACCGAAGAACUGCCCUGUCGAACCG